AUGGAGGAGGUGUUCCGUUUUUAUUUGAAUUCCAGAACCGUUUCCUUUCACAAAAGUCUUGAACUAAAACUAUCCAGCGUUGAUGAACCUAAGAGUGGAUACGGCCUUUUCAUAGAACCUUCAAAGUUCAAUAGUCAAGAAUUAAAAAAUGAAACAAUUACAUUGCUAAGAAUUUCUAAACUUAUAACCUUUGAUAUAAACACAAUUCUGGCUCUCUUAGGGGACAAAGAAGAGUUUACUUCUAAAGAACAAUUCAAAAGAACUAACGAUAAAGUUAAGGCGACCCUUCGUGAUAUAUUGGCCUAUCCUGGCUUCAGUAGGUUUCUCACAGAGACUAAUUUACUCAUUAUUUACUUCAUGACAUUUCAGGCUAUUCAUGGCAGUUACGAAAUACCAAAGGGUAUCAGAUAUUAUCUGGAGAAUGUUUUGAUGAGCAUUGACGUAGAAACUGCUAUGGAUUCCAUUGAAAACUUAGCUGUUAAUUAUGGACAUUAUCCACAAAUUUUUGGCCUUCAAGAGUCAUUAAAUUUAUUCAAGGAUCUUUUUCAAGACCUUUUGCAUAUUAAUGAUAUCAAACAUCUUUAUUCUGCGAUAAUUUCACGUUGUCUUGAGAUCCCAGAAAUAGCCGAUACCAAAAGUCAGGAAUUCUGUGUUCAUUCCACUUUAGUUCCAAUUUUAGAUUUUUCCAACCACGAAAAUACCCAAAAAAAUGCAUUUUUUGAUAUAGACCCUUCAAAUAAUGAUGUUUUACUUCUACUCGAUACUGAUGCAGUUCGAGGAAGGACUGAAAAAUCUAGCGAAGUUUUCAUUAGUUACUCGCCAACGGAGGAUUUGUUCUCCAUGCUAAUAACGUAUGGAUUCAUCCCAUGUUUUAGAGGACACGCACAAUUUUGGACAGUAUCUUUCGACAGGAGCUUUUUAAGAGACUACAAUGGAUCAGGUAUAAAUGCAGACUUGAGAAUUUUUUACAAAUGGUUGCGCAUAAACCCAGUAGUGUCACUAGUUAAACUCGAGAACAAUGGACGAGUUCGAUGGUUUAUCAAUGAUACCACGCCAGACUUUGAAAUGCUUUUGCUACCAUUCAUUCCAUCUUUAAAUGGUUCCAAAAGUGCCCGGUGGGCGUACGAUUCCACUUGCCAUCUGAUGUUCACCAAGAUACAUUGUUUGGUAAAUCCGGAGACGAAUGAACAUGCCCCAGUAAUUGCAGAAAAUUACCGUUCUCUUAUCGAAGAGAGAGAGUCAAACGGCGACGAUUUAAUAGAUUUACCCCAAUUGGCUUGGUCGUUGCGUUAUAAAGAAACUGAAAGUGGUUGUAUACAACAAAGACACACGAACAGUGAAGAUGCUAUCACUUUACUUCAACAAGAACCACAACAAAAACAAGAUGUUGCUGAAGCUAAACUUCAAUUCACAAGCUUCUUCCGAAGCUUUCUGAGAUACAGAAAAUCCAAAAUCACUAAACGUUCUACUAACUCGAAAGUUGCGAGAAUGCUAUUAAAGCAGGAACUGGAGAUAAUCAAUAAUCUAACAGAGGCUAUUGAUAAAAACUCUGAUAUAUUUGUCAGCGAUUUAAAUGUUACACUGGAUGUAGAGCCUAAUAGGCUCCCCCCACUUAGAUUUCUCGAUGACUGCAUCGAGAUUCCUGAUAAUAAAGUCGCACUAGAUCCUAUAUGUGAAGACCCUGUUUCUUACACACCGGAUAAGUUUACUGAUUUCUUUCAAGAGGAAAUAAACCAACACUCGCCUUUUUUCCAAGAUGAUUAG